CUGAGCCCUGUGUUCGGGUUUUGCUUUUGGUAUCUAGCGCUGAGAAUUCCCGUGUGUCGAUCCGUUGUGUGUUGAUUGUCGAUGACGCGCUAUCAUUCGAUAGCUUCGGGUCGAUAGCAGAACCCCACUCAUUCUUACGUUUUCAGUUCUCGCGGUUAGUCCGCGUACUACGUCCGGGUCUUUAAUCUUCUUUCACAUCACACAGUAAAUUAUGGCACUCAAAAGAAUCCAGAAGGAACUCCAAGAUUUGGGACGUGAUCCACCGGCACAAUGUUCUGCAGGCCCUGUAGGCGAUGAUUUGUUCCAUUGGCAAGCUACGAUUAUGGGUCCUCCUGAGUCACCAUACCAAGGAGGAGUCUUUUUCCUCACGAUUCACUUCCCUACGGAUUAUCCAUUCAAACCACCAAAGGUCGCAUUCACAACAAGGAUUUAUCAUCCAAAUAUAAAUUCGAAUGGCAGUAUCUGUUUGGAUAUACUAAGAUCGCAGUGGUCGCCAGCGUUGACUAUAUCGAAAGUUCUCUUGUCAAUCUGUUCGUUGCUGUGUGAUCCGAAUCCCGACGAUCCCUUGGUGCCCGAAAUCGCUCGAAUCUACAAAACGGAUCGUGACCGGUACAAUCAGUUGGCACGUGAGUGGACACAGAAAUACGCGAUGUGACCUUCGCAAUGCUUGGACGUUUGUAAAAAAGAACCUUUUCAAAGUCUCCAUCCCACAUAUGUCUUUUUGUGUUUGGUUGAGCAUGCUUUUCCUCUAUUCGUAUCCGGUUCUCGUAUCGUAUUCUAUUUUUGGA